GGAGGACGGCGGCGGCGGCGGCAGCAGCAGCAGCAGCAGCAGCAGCGGCGGCCUCGCCUGGCCCGGCCCUUCCUGCCGCCCAGGGCGCCCUGCCGCGGCCCUUCCCGCCCGGAGAGCAGAGGCAGCGGGGGGGCGGGGACCGCAGGAUAUGAACUGGAGCUGGCUGUGAGCCUCCUGAAGGCUGGAAAGACUGACUGCUGAAACCACUCACUACUCAGUUGGGAGCAUCUCUAUCCUUCAUCUGAGAUCAUGGAUUUUCCAGGACACUUUGAGCAAAUCUUUCAGCAGCUCAACUACCAGAGGCUUCAUGGCCAGCUUUGCGACUGUGUCAUUGUGGUGGGAAACAGGCAUUUCAAAGCCCAUCGCUCUGUUUUGGCAGCAUGUAGCACACAUUUCCGAGCUCUGUUUACUGUAGCAGAAGGAGAUCAGACUAUGAACAUGAUUCAGCUGGACAGCGAAGUGGUGACAGCAGAAGCUUUUGCUGCUCUGAUAGACAUGAUGUAUACUUCCACACUAAUGCUUGGGGAGAGCAAUGUUAUGGAUGUCUUGCUGGCUGCUUCUCACUUACAUUUGAAUUCUGUUGUCAAAGCAUGCAAGCACUACCUUACUACCAGGACACUGCCGAUGUCUCCACCAAGUGAUAGAGUUCAAGAGCAAAACGCGCGAAUGCAGAGAUCUUUCAUGCUUCAGCAGCUUGGGCUGAGCAUUGUGAGCUCUGCCUUAAAUUCCACUCAGAGUACAGAGGAACAACCAAAUACUAUGAGCUCCUCGAUGAGAAGUAACAUUGAACAGCGCACUACUUUCCCUAUUCGUCGCCUCCACAAACGUAAACAAUCUUCUGAAGAUCGGGCCAGACAGCGCAUCAGGCCUACCAUGGAUGAGUCUGUCUCUGAUGUGACUGCAGAGAGCGGGCAGUCAGUAGUUCAUUCACGGGAAGAUUUCUUCUCGCCAGAUUCACUGAAGAUUGUGGACAACUCUAAGGCUGAUGCUGUUGCUGAUAACCAGGAGGAUAAUACUAUUUUGUUUGAUCAGUCUUUCAGUACUCAGGAAGAUGCUCAAGUGCCCAGCCAGUCUGACAACAGUGGAGGAAACAUUUCACAGAUGUGUAUGGCAUCUCAGGCAACACAAGUGGAAACCAGUUUUGACCAGGAGGCUGCUUCUGAGAAGAACAACUUCCCAUGUGAGAAUCCAGAGGUCAGCCUGAAUGAAAAAGAGCACAUGAGGGUGGUGGUGAAGUCUGAGCCCUUGAGUUCCCCAGAGCCUCAAGAUGAGGUGAGCGAUGUCACUUCCCAGGCGGAGGGGAGCGAGUCUGUUGAAGUGGAAGGAGGAGUAGUGAGUGCAGAGAAGAUAGAACUGAGUCCUGAGAGCAGUGAUCGUAGCUUUUCUGACCCACAGUCCACUACCGAUAGGGUGGGAGACAUCCAUAUCAUGGAGGUGUCAAAUAACCUGGAACACAAGUCUACCUUCAGUAUCUCAAAUUUUCUAAAUAAAAGUAGAAAUGGUGGCUUCGGUACCAGUCAAAACAGCGAUGACAAUAUUCCAAAUACCACCAGUGAUUGCAGAAUAGACAGCGAUGCCUCUUACCUAAUGGGUCCAGAGUCAGGGCCUGCUGGUGGCCAUUCAUCUGCCACUGUCUCUCAUGUCGAGAAUCCAUUUAGUGAGCCUGCAGAUUCUCAUUUUGUUAGACCAAUGCAGGACGUGAUGGGUCUCCCAUGUGUACAGACUUCUGGGUACCGUGCAGCAGAACAGUUUGGCAUGGAUUUUCCACGGUCAGGCUUGGGCUUGCACUCCCUGUCAAGGGCAAUGAUGGGCUCAGUAAGAGGUGGAGCUAGCAGCUUUCCUGGCUACCGACGCAUAGCCCCCAAAAUGCCUGUGGUGACCUCUGUCAGGAGCUCCCAGAUGCAAGAUAACUCAUCCAGUUCCCAGCUGAUCAUGAAUGGAACCACUUCUUUUGAAAAUGGGCAUCCAUCGCAACCUGGUCCGCCACAGCUGACGAGGGCAUCUGCAGACGUCCUUUCAAAAUGCAAGAAGGCCUUAUCUGAGCACAAUGUCUUGGUUGUAGAAGGUGCACGCAAGUAUGCAUGCAAGAUCUGCUGCAAGACGUUUUUGACCUUGACAGACUGCAAGAAACACAUCCGUGUGCACACGGGAGAAAAGCCUUAUGCCUGCCUCAAGUGUGGCAAACGGUUCAGCCAGUCCAGUCACCUGUACAAACACUCCAAGACAACCUGCCUGAGGUGGCAGAGCAGCAAUCUGCCUAGCACUUUGCUUUAACCUUAUCUGCUCCAGGCCUGAAGGAGCAUGCCAGUGCAGACAUCUAGCUCCCUGAAGUACCUGAACAUGAACACUGUUUUCUUGAAGGCUGCAGGCUUAGAAGCUGCUCUUGUCACUCAGUGAACGCAACAUGUGAUUGUGCCACACACACAAAAGUCUUGGUUCUAUAAAUUGGGGAUAUUACUGUACCUACCUCACAGGGGUGUUGUGAGGCUUAAACAGCUGUAAGCGGCGAACUCGAGGAUCAGCAGAAGUCACACUGUAGAUGUGUGAUUACAGUGAUGUACAUUCAGGCCUUGGGCUGAUGGGGAUAAAAUCUAUAAAGCUCAGCAGUUCCUUUGCAGGGCAGAGGAGUGAGAGCAUAGUUAUCUCAAGAAGUAGCACGUUUCAAGAGUGAGAAACUGAAGUGCAAAUUUCCUCUUUUUUUCUUUUCUUCCCCCCCCCCCAAAGUAUUUUGUAAAACUGAAAGCAUUUAAAUAAAUUACCUGUAAACCAAGUUGCUGCAUUAUGUGUGGACAGUAAUGCAGGCACUGUUUACUGUAGCUAAUGCAGACCACAUAUCUUGAAAAGAGAAAACUUUGGAUGCACCUGUCUGACAUAAUGCUUUAAAAUAUGCUAAUUAUAAGAAUAGUUUUAGGGUUAUGAAUGUAUGUUUGGCUGUUUUGUAGUAAAGGACACUGUGUAAUGAAGGUGCUUAAAUUAAAUCCAAGACAAGUAACUUUUGGACUGCCAGAUGUGUAUAUGAUUUGAAUACAGCAAAAUCUGGAUGUUUGAUUUUUUCUGUAGAAACUUGUAGUAAGUGAUAAGUGAAGUACUGUUUCUUGUUCGUGCUAUUCUUAGCAGUAUUUUAACCAAUUUGUAUCUCCUAUGUUAAAAUUCUAUAUACACAGAAGUCUGAAAAGAGCUUGUCUCUGUCUGUUUUGUUAUUUUGAAGGAGAGAGAUAAUUUGUGAUGGCUUUUUUUACUGUGUAAGAUAGUCUCUUGCUGUUUCCAGAUGCUGAUAGUCAAUCUGAUCCCCAUUAUUGCAUAAACAUAUUGUCCUUUUCUGACAGUCUUAUCUUCAGGCUUUAAUUUCCUCCUCUGUACACUUACUUACUUUCCUUCACAGCUGUGGAUUGUUCCUCAGAUCAAACCAGUCAGGGAUAGUCAUCAUCUGCCAUAUUUAUUUAUGUCUCUAUAAAAUAUAGUUGUCAAAUCCAGUCCUUCCUCUUAAAGCAGUGUCAAAAAUGUCCUUUUCCACAUACAUUAAAAAAAAAAAAAAUUAAUUUUAAAAAAUAGCACUGUACACUUUGUAAGCAGAAAUUCAGUGAUCAUUAUUCUUCAAGUGAGUUGUGUAAAUCUUGCUUUAAUUUCCUUUUCUUUCACACUAUUGUAACUAACACUGUCUGCAGUCUUUUUUUUUUUUUUCUUUGUUAAAGAUACAUGUGAACUAACUACUGGCAUUCAGCACAUUAGGUUUCUAAAUAAAAUUUUGGGGCACUUCUGCUGAUAAAUGUUGGCCUACGGUAUAGGAGCUGGGUCAGAGCUACAGCAUAUCCUUUCUACUCAGGAGAGACAGGACUUACAUUUCAUAGUAUCUAAGUCACAGAGCAACAGCUUUCCAUUAAUAUUAAAAAAGAAUUGCAAGCUUUCCCCUCUUUUUUCUGUAUAGCAAAUGUAUCCUGUAUGAUGAUAUUCAGCAGGUUUAUGGAAUUUGUGCUGCCUAAUAGUUAGCUUUCUUAAACAUCUUGGAUUUAUAUUUAGAUAAACUGAAAAUAAAGUCCUGAUCGACAGUUCUGUAGGUCAUUUAGUAGGAUGAUAUCAAAACUGUUGAAGCAUAGAAACCAAACAGUCACUAUCAGACCAAAGGAAACAUGGAAAUCUUUCUGUACCUGGCUUUAUGUGAAACAGUAGUCCGCUAAUGGGGAAGUGUGUCUUCAUCUCUAAAUACACUGCUUCACGUUGAAAAAAAUUGUCAGAUGUGUGUCAAAGUGUCGUUUGCACCUUGAGCAUCCAAGGUAAACAGGAACAUGGAAACACAGUGAAUGAUUGGAUCAAUUCCUUUAAAAUAUUAGUAUUUUGUCAUAGGAUUUAUUUAAUGGUCAUAUUUCUGGCUCUUGAUUUUAUAAGCAUUAAGGAAACGUGCUGCAUUUUUUUAAAGCAUUAGGAUAUGCCGUAUUUUGAUUGAUGAUAAUUUUGAUAUCAGGAGACUAACAGCAUUGAGCUAUACUAGGCAAUCUCGCUGAAACAUCAAUAAACUGCAGUAUUUUGUACUUCAGUAUUUUCUCAUGUCGCCUUAUUAGUAAUGUCCUGACAUUGUUUCAACUCCCUUGCAUUUCUAGUGUUUUGUUUUAAAAACAGGGGUUUUUUACAUUUUCUAUCUGGUCUUAUAGCACGUCUGAAUUCCUUGAAUUCUUACGCAUCAGAAUAAAGCAUAUAUCUGAGUAAGGAGAUUAGAGUAAUUAAGAACUAAUAUGAGCAGAUAAAUACACUUAACUAUACUUUUGAUCUGUUUUUAUAAAAAAAUGAUAUUUCAAAAUAUCAGAACUUGUGCAGGAGGACUUCUGUCUUCUUUCUUUAAGAAAAGAUUCAACUUAGAGCAUUUUUUGGAAGUAGCAACUUUAAAUUUCAUUGUUCAUUGAGGUCUAGUGCAUCUGGAGAAGCACUCUGCAAACCCAGGAGCCUGUGGCUGGCUUGUUGCUUUCUUAGACUUCCAGUAUGAAGCAAUACCUCAGAAUGGUAUUUCCCCUUAGCUAUCCUCUAUGGUAAAAUGAGAGUCUCUCAUCUCAAAGCCUUGUAACUUUGUCAGAAUUUAUCACCCUGACUUUUGUUCAAAAUUUAACUUUGCAAAUGCUACAGUGACAUCUCAUGUGAAGAUGUCUGUAUGUUAGUAUUACGAAACAUCUGAAAAUAAACCCUGCAUUUUUGUGCUGCUGUGUCUGACUUGGUUUACUUAUGUUAUCCUGAGGUCUUUGCCAAAAGCAUAUAAUGGAUUGACGAAACAAGUAGUGCUUGUGUGUUAGCUGAUUGGACUCUUUGUUUUAUGAGAUCACUUGACAGUGCAAAAUAAUCCUACUGAAAUGUAGGCACACACAUGAGGUCAAGCAUGUAGUGCUGCCCAUGGCUGGCAUCCUGUGCCAUGCUGAGGCUUUGCCAGUUUUGAGAGGACAUGUAGUAUCUAAUCAACUAGAAUUGGGUUCAUAUUUGAUGCAGUAUAAAGUCUUGAAGGACAGUGUUGUCCCAUCAACACUUUAUAAGCUGGUUUGAACCAGCAGAGUGUGGCUGGACUUGACAGUAGUGGUUUUGAUCGGGCUCAGGUAUGGUAAUGUCUCAUGGAGCCACUGUCUCAGCGUGGUGGGCUGUCUUCUGGCUAGCUCUCUGCUCUGGAGGUGAUAUUAAAGAUGUUUCCUGCAGAUCAUUUGAGAUGCCCUGCAGCUGCCUGACCUACUUACGGAUUCCUCCCACAGCUUGGAUGGGAAGGGGCGCAUUGCCUGCAUCUCUCUCAUCAGACAAAGGCUGUAAAGCCUUGGAAUUCUGGGAGCAUCCCUAGUUGUGCAUGGAAAUUAUUGACCUUUUUUUCAGCUGUCUCAGUUACCUGCAGCCAUGCAGGUGCUUGUGCUGGCAGGGUAAGUGGCUGGUAAUGGUGCAAUUAAUUUUGAUGACAACAUCUGAAUGCCCAUCAGUGACAUCCCAUGUCUGCAGCACAGGGCAACUUAGAAAGACUGGCUUGGUGACUUGCUUAAUAAAAUGUAUUAGUGCUGACGAGACUGAAUUUCAUGACAUGAUGUCUUGAGUAGACAUCAGGGUCAUUAAAUAGAUUUUGAAAAGGCAUAAAAGCAGCAGUCUAUAGUUUAAAAGCUGUAUUCCACUCUCAAUUUUUCUUAAUAAUAGGUGAAAAUAAAUUCAGUCUGGAGCUUCCUGUAAAAAGAAAUGACUGAACUAAUGUGUCAGUUGGCAGAAGUCAUAAAUCAAUACUACAUCUAUGUAACCAUGCAUUUGUAGGAGCGCAUUCUUAGCUGAAGCACAGUGUUCACUUAUGCUGUCAAACUUGCUGUUCUCGCCAGAAAAUGUAUUCUUGGAAGGACUGUGGCAGUUUCCUGUUGGAAAACUUGCAUAAGGCGAGGCUGCAUGUUCUGUCCUCUGCUAGUUGCAUCUGCAGAUGUCUAUUACACAUUGGUGACUUCCAGCAGGGUACUGCAGCUCACUAGGUCGGUCCACAAGCAUCUCUGACUCCUAAUUAAACCCUGUAAAACCUUACCAAACCACAACAAGAAUUCAGGAAGUCCAAGGGAGGUGUCUUUCCCUGCCAAUGGUUGUUUAAACAGCAGUAGGUACUUCAAGUGCCACUUCUGUGGCACUUUUACCACCUUCUCUGCAUAUGUGUUAUGCAAUGUGGGCAGACCCUUGCAUGCAGCUGAAAAAGCAAGGAUGGUACUUAGUUCCACAGCCACUGGCUGCCCAUCUAGAGGGUCUGUGCUCCCAUGCCUCUUCCCUGCUGUGCUCUGGGCUCUUCCUCCUGCCAUGAGCGUGCCGUGAAUGAAGAAAUCGCUCUGCUGGCGUGAGAUGUUGCUUCCCCCAAAGCAGGGUGAGUGCAAGUCUCCUUGUUUGCAUCAGCCAAAUAACCACCAAAACAGGACACACAAAAGGCACCUGCAAAGUGAUUAUUGCUCUUUAUGCCAGGCUGUAAAGAAAUACUUCUUGUUAGCAAAAAGUAAUCAUUAAAGCCUGUACUUUACUCAUUAACAAUUUUGUUCCUGAUAUAGAAUAUACUCUAAGAGCUUAUUAUUAUGGUUGUUACUGAAAUAAUGUUAAUAUCUACAUGACAUCUGUAAAAUCCAUAAUCCAUUCUGAUUGCUGCUCUCUGAAUUCCCAUGGGAAGAUGUCAACACCGUGGUCUGGAAGCCCAGCGCAGCUACUUGAGAUGCUGAUGCUGCUCACCACAGUGGCUAGCAAUUUAGUUGUUGGUGGCAUAAAGUUUUGACUGGGGAUUGC